AUGCUUGUACUCAACAGUUUUCGACGGUUAAUCAACACUCAGUCGAUAUCAUUCCAACCAAGGAUUAGAAAAUUAUUUAUUCAAGUCCAAGAAACUCCCAAUCCUAACAGCUUAAAAUAUUUUCCUGGUAAACCUGUACUAGGUUCUGGUACUAGAGACUUUCCAUCCUGCACGCAAUCCACGUCUUCCCCGUUGGCUAGACAGUUGUUUCGAAUCGAAGGGGUUGAACGAGUCUUCUUUGGUCCUGAUUUCAUCACGAUUACUAAGAAUGACGACUUCGAAUGGGCUGUAAUAAAACCUGAUGUAUAUGCAACUAUAAUGGAUUUCUACAGUUCUGGACAACCUGUUGUCAGUGAAGAAAAAACACAAGACUUAAAUAAAACCUGUGAUGAAGAAGAUGAAACAGUAUUAAUGAUAAAAGAACUACUGGAUACCCGAAUAAGACCCACUGUUCAAGAAGACGGUGGUGAUAUUAUUUUCAAGGAUUUUAAAGAUGGUAUAGUGCGAUUAAAACUACAAGGAUCUUGCUCAAGUUGUCCUAGUUCCGUAGUUACUUUGAAAAAUGGUGUACAGAAUAUGCUUCAGUUUUAUAUACCAGACGUAUUAGGCGUCGAACAAGUUGAAGAUGAAUUAGAUGCGGUAUCCAAAGAACAGUUUGACAAAUUAGAGCAGAACAUACAUAAUAAAGAAAAAAGUGAAUGA